CUAUAGAUAAUGUUUUACAACGAAUUGAAAUUCCUAAUAUAAAUGGCGAGAGCCUGAUUUGUUAACAGUUACUCUGCUUGUGUGACAUAGACAAAAAUAUUGUUUUUAAAGAGCACAAUGAAGGUGAUCUUCCAAGCUGUGGCGCUGGCUGUUCUAGUGGUAUACGUUUCCGGUCACGGGAGGGUUUUGCACCCACCUUCCCGAGCCUCAAUGUGGCGUUACGGGUACAAAACACCCGCUAACUACGACGACUCCGGCGUCAACUGCGGCGGUUACGGACAUCAAUAUGACAUCAAUGGGGGAAAAUGUGGAAUAUGCGGUGAUGCUUACGAUGAACCAGUACCAAGAAGUCACGAGCUAGGAGGGAGGUAUGGAUUGGGGAUCAUCGUGGCGGAGUACGAGGCUGGUGAGGUGUUCACAGCUACAGUCGAGAUUACGGCCUACCACAAGGGUUACUGGUACUUCAAGAUAUGCCCAGACCCCUCCAGCAACGAACAAUCUUGCUUCGACCAAUACCCGGUAGAAUUAGAAGAGGGCGGCACCGACUACUAUCCCCCCAGUUCGGGAAUCUUUCAAGUGAACUACCGCAUCCCUGAGAACGUAACCUGUGACCACUGCGUGCUUCAGUGGUGGUACAGAGCCGGAAACAGCUGGGGAACAUGCAGGGACGGCUCGGGCGCCAUCGGUUGCGGAAACCAGGAAUAUUUUGGAGCCUGCACGGACAUCACAAUUAAAGCCAAAACCCCCAUAAUACCAGAAGGUAUACCCAUAGAGUUAAACUAGUGAAUAACGCAAAAGAAAAGACAUCUUUACUUGAAAAGUAUUUUGGAAUCUGAAGCAAAAUUUUCGCAGGAUAGUCGUAACUCAAUUUCUAUAUCUGUCAAUAUAAAACUUUCCCAGUAUUCGUUAAACGUAUAUUUAUUUAUUAUUAGCAAUAAACAGUUUUAUAAAA